AUGGAAACCAGACAAAGAAUAGACGACGUGUACAAGAGAAAAUUAAAAAGAACCAAAGUUAAAAGUGUAGAAAAGCCUUUCCUAUUUAUCUCUGCAGGAAAGAGCACAAAAUGCAAACUCCAUCCCUUGAAGAUUAUCCUUGUCAUCAUUAUACUUGUCACUGUUGUGACAUUUCUUUCGUCUCCAACAAUUUGUCACAAAAAGGGUAUAUCCCACACAGUUUCCCGGCCACAUUUUGUGAACAGGUGGAUAUGGGGAGGGUCAGAUCCUCGCUAUAUAUCAAAUUUAGACAUGAAUUGGGAUGAAAUAUUGCGAGCUUUAAAGAAGUUACCUGAAAAUAAUGAGAUUCAAGGAGUAGGUCUUCUUAACUUUAAUGAGAGUGAAAUCACUCAAUGGGAACAGUUUCUUCCCACUGCCAAUCACUCUAUUCUGCACCUGGACUACGCUGAGAAAAAUGUGACUUGGGACACCUUGUAUCCUGAAUGGAUCGAUGAAGAACAGGAAGAUGAAGUUCCUAGUUGCCCUUCUCUGCCAAAGCUUGAAGUGCCAAGACAACGACUUGAUCUUAUUGCAGUAAAACUUCCUUGCCGAAAUGAAGGAAACUGGUCCAGAGAUAUAGCUCGGCUACACUUGCAGAUAUCUGCAGCUAGUUUAGCUGCCUCCUGCAAAGGCAAUUACCCAGUGCACCUGCUUUUUGUUACAAAGUGCUUUCCAAUACCAAAUUUAUUUACUUGCAAGGACCUUGUUGCACGUGAAGGUAGCACAUGGUUAUAUAAACCAAACUUGAAUUCCCUGAGAGAAAAGCUUCAACUCCCAAUAGGAUCAUGUGAACUUGCACUUCCUCUUGGAGCCAAAGGACAAGAUUAUGGAGGAGAAAGGCAACGCGAGGCUUACGCUACAAUCCUGCAUUCGGCUCAUGUCUAUGUUUGUGGAGCCAUAGCUGCAGCACAGAGCAUCCGCAUGGCAGGGUCCACCAGGGAUUUCGUAAUUCUUGUUGACGAAACAAUUAGUGAAUACCACAGGGGCGGACUAGAAUGGGCAGGCUGGAAAAUCCGGACAAUCCAGAGAAUAAGAAAUCCUAAAGCUGAGAAAGAUGCUUAUAACGAAUGGAAUUACAGCAAGUUCAGACUAUGGCAGCUGACAGAUUAUGACAAGAUCAUUUUUAUUGAUGCUGAUUUGCUUAUCCUUAGAAAUAUUGACUUUUUGUUUGGGAUGCCAGAGAUCUCAGCAACAGGCAAUAAUGGCACCCUUUUCAACUCAGGUGUAAUGGUGAUUGAACCAUCCAAUUGCACAUUCCAUCUUUUGAUGGAUCAUAUUAAUGAAAUUGAAUCUUAUAAUGGUGGAGACCAGGGCUACUUGAAUGAAAUCUUUACAUGGUGGCAUCGGAUACCAAAGCACAUGAACUUCCUGAAACAUUUUUGGUUUGGUGAUGAUGAAGUAGUAAAGCAGAAGAAAAUUCGUCUUUUUGAGGAAGAGCCACCUGUUCUUUAUGUUCUUCAUUAUUUGGGUUAUAAGCCAUGGUUGUGCUUCAGGGACUAUGAUUGUAACUGGAAUGUGGAUAUCUUACAAGAGUUUGCAAGUGAUGUUGCUCACAGGAGGUGGUGGAAAGUGCAUGAUUCAAUGCCAGAGAAAUUGAAAGAGUUUUGUCUGUUGACAUCAAAGCAGAAAGCACAAUUGGAAUGGGACAGAAGAGAAGCUGAGAAAGGAAAUUACUCAGAUGGGCAUUGGGGAAUCAAAAUACAAGAUAGGCGUAUUAAGAGAUGCAUUGACCCGCCAUACUGCAACUGGAAGGGCAUGUUAAAGCAUUGGGGGGAGACCAAUUGCACAGAUGAUGCAUUCCCCGUUUCCACUCCACCAGCAAAAACCACAGGCUCCUUUAGUCUAUGA